UGUUUAAUAAGUUUGACUUGCAUGCCGUCUCUAUCUACAUACACAGAUACAUGCAAAAGGAACUACUAUACGAAAGAAAUUAUCAAGCAUACAAGUGAAGACGACGAUGGAGAGUCAUUUAGAGGGAGAUGAUGAAGUAGUUCUGGCGCCUGCUAGUCCCUUUUCGCAGUACAUGAACAGCUCUGUGUUGUCCUUCUCCAUUAUUGCUGUUCUGGAAUCAAGUGUUCCAAUUGAAGAUGAUGAUUCAGUCAUCCUUUCUGAAAUCAGGGAUGUCUUUUUGCCCAUUAAUCCAAGGUUUUCCUCAAUCAUGGUGACCGGAAAAAAUGGUGAGAAGAAUUGGAAACCGGUGAAAGUUAAUCUUGAAGACCAUCUGAAAGUCCCGAUAUUCCCCGUCGGGAAGCCGUUGGAAUUCUACGACUACUGUCUGUCGGAGUAUCUGACGAAGAUAUCCACGGAACCAUUCCCGCAAACUCAACCGUUAUGGGAGAUUCACAUAUUCCGGUACCCGACGAGCAAUGCUGCCGGGAACUGUAUCUUCAAGCUCCACCACUCGCUCGGAGACGGCUACUCCUUGAUGGGAGCUCUUCUUUCUUGCCUAUAUAUAUGUGUGUGUGUGUGUGUAAAAAUAAAGGAAAAUGCAUAUAUAUUUUCACUAUCUUGAUUUUAUUGAUUUGGCAUGACGGUUUGCAGAAUUUAUUGGUGACAAUGCUGAGCUAUGCGGAAAAUUUGAGAGUCACCAUUUGUUCGGAGAAAGAUUUCAUAGAUGGGAAGAAACUGAAGUCAUGUAUUGAGUCUGCUUUUGAUGAAAUCUUCAUAUUAGCACUCAAGUCUUCUCCACCACCUGCAUGAAUAUAUAUACACAUACUCUACCAGUAUUCCUGCAUGCA